CGUAACACAACCACAGGAAAUACGAGGAGCAAGCGCAACCCAAUUCCAAUCAUAGUUUCAGGCGCUUUAGCACUGAUCGUUGUAAGUAUGGCUAUCGUUCUUGUCUGGCAACGCAAGCAAGGAAGAAAAGGCUACUCGAGAAAUACAUCUUCGGAUCCCACCUCAGAUCUUGAGAGGGGUCGCAGUAGGCUCUUCGGAAUUCUAGUCUUCUCCUACUCCGAACUUGAAGAAGCCACAAACAAUUUUGAUCCUUCUAAAGAACUUGGAGAUGGAGCUUUUGGCACUGUUUACUAUGGGAUACUUGGGGAUGGAAGAGAAGUUGCUGUGAAGCGCCUUCAUGAGCGCAGCUGCAAGAGAAUGGAGCAGUUUGCAAAUGAAAUCUCAAUUCUCACCCGGUUAAAGCACCAAAAUCUGGUUACAUUAUAUGGAUGCUCAUCAAGGCAUAACCGUGAAUUCCUCCUUGUAUAUGAAUAUAUCCCGAAUGGAACACUUGCAGAUCACCUGCACGGCAAAAGAGCAGCAGAUCAACUGCUCACGUGGCCAAUCCGCAUGAAGAUUGCAGUGGAAACUGCUGCAGCAUUGGCUUAUCUCCAUGCUUCAGACAUAAUACACCGCGAUGUGAAGACUAGUAACAUACAUCUCGACAACAAUUUCUGUGUUAAAGUUGCAGAUUUUGGGCUCUCAAGACUCUUCCCUGCUAAUGCCACUCAUGCGUCCACUACACCUCAAGGAACACCAGGAUACGUUGAUCCAGAUUAUCACGAGUGUUAUCAGCUAACUUAUAAGAGUGAUGUUUAUAGCUUUGGGGUUGUCCUUAUCGAACUCUUAUCAUCAAUGCCUGCUCUGGACAUGCGUAGGCAUACAGACGAGAUCCAUUUGGCAAAACUAGCAAUGAGCAAGAUUGUUACAGGAGCAUUUGAUGAACUCAUUGAUUCCUCUCUGGGAUAUGAGAAGGAUACUGAAAUCAAUAGAAUGGCCACUUCAGUGGCAGCGCUAGCUUUUCAAUGCUUGCAACCUGACAAGGAUAUGAGGCCCACAAUGGAUCAUGUUUUGGAGUCGCUAAAGGAGAUUCAAGGCAAUGAGUUGAGCAACGAUGACGAAUGAGUGAAUUGUGAGGAAACAAACUAAUGUGUCUAAAGAAGAGGUAAGACCUGAUCUCCAGCUUAUCAAAAUCAGUAAAUGUUAAGUGGGUUAGUAGCUCUGCUACAUCUAUCUAGUAAAUGGAGUUGUGCAUUUUAUGAAAUGCUUGUAAAAUCAUGUGAUAUUUUAGGCCAUUAAUUUGUUGCUUU